AUGUCAAGAAGAGGCUUACGAGAUGAAGAAAUCGAACGAUUAUUGUGUGAAAUUCCAUCAGACGAGGAUUCCACUGUUGACACCACAGAUGACGAAUCUGAUUAUGAAGCAAGCAUUGUUGCGGAGGCUAUUGUGUCGUCUGAAGGCGAAGUUUCAGAGAGCGAGGAAGAAAGUGAGUCCACUCCGCCAAAACGCGCUGCUGACACAGCGCCAACUUGGGGACAACAAUUCAAUGCUACCUCAGGAAUGCAGUUCGACAGUGAAUCAGGACCAAGUGCUUUUAUUAGGGACAUUGAUGAUCCAGAACCUAUCGAUAUAUUCGAAAAAAUAUUUCCAAAAGAGCUAGUUCAGCUAAUCGUUUUCCAAACAAAUUUAUAUGCGACGCAAUCUGGCAAGUCUUUCACUCCAACAACUGACAAUGAAAUACGAACUUUCCUGGGAAUCAACAUUUUGAUGGGUAUAAAGCGUAUGCCAGCAUACAGAGACUACUGGUCUAGUGCCCCAGAACUUCAUGAUCGUUAUAUUGCAUCUCUGAUGGCAGUAAAUCGGUUUGGAUGGUUACUGAGGAACAUUCAUCUGAAUGAUAACACAUUGCAUCCAGAAAAAGGACACCCAGGUUAUGACAAACUGUACAAGCUGCGACCAGUGAUCAAGAUACUAUCUGAAUCUUUUUCCAAGUGUUACCAACCCAGCAAACACCUAGCAAUUGAUGAGUCAAUGAUCAAAUUCAAAGGCCGCAACAGUAUGAAACAAUACAUGAGAGAUAAACCCAUAAAGCGUGGUUACAAAGUGUGGAUGCUGUGUGACAAGACCUCUUACAACUUGAAAUUUGAUAUUUACACCGGAAAAAUGGAAAGUUCUCUAACUGAAGGUUCUAGCAACAUUGGAGGUUCUGGUAACACUGAUUGA